GGCAGAUACAUUUUUGGAUUCUCCUUCUUUGUUCCCCCCUCUUCAACACACUUUCAUCAUGUCUUUCCAGGAUCUCAACGGCACCUUCGUCCUCGACUCCGACAAGUCCGACAACAUGGAGGCCUUCCUCGAGGCCGUCGGCGUCGGCUGGAUCAAGCGCAAGGCCAUUGCCGCCCUCAGCCAGACCCUGGUCAUCACCGCCACCGAGGAGUCCGUCACCAUCGUCACCAAGACCACCAUGGCUGACAACACCACCACCAUUCCCAUUGGUGCCGAGCCCGUCACCCUGGACGACCUGAGCGGCAACCCCGCCAAGUACACCGCUCGCUACGAGGGUGCCACCCUGAUCGUUGAGUCCACCAACGACGUCGGCACCAUCACCAUCAAGCGUACCGUUGUCGGCUCUGUCCUCGAGACCGCCAUCGGCUUCGUCUCCGCCAACGGUGCCACCAAGAUCGACAUCAACCGCUACUUCAACAAGCAGUAAGAAGGUCCACCAUGUGUAUGCGUGCGUGCGAGUGAGCCAGCAGGAGUGCUCUCGCUGGCGCUGCCGCUCUCAGGUGUUCUGUCUCGGGCAAGAGAGAUGGACGCGCACUGACAAGAGGCGGAUAUGUGGUGGUGGUGGUAUCGGGCCAGCCCGCCUGCUCCUCCGCCGCGCCGCCCCCCUCCCCCUCCCCUUGUGUGCUUUUUCCUCUCUCCAUGUCUUUAUCUGUCCGUGCCCCCCCUCUCCACGCGUGUGUCUCCUCCCGCAUCCAAAUAAAAACUCCCUUGAAGCUCUGGUCAGCUUUCCUUUCUA